AUGGCUGAACCCGGCCCCCACCACUCGCCGCAGGACGACGACCCCGCCUCGAGGCACAAGAAGCAACAGCACAACAAUGCCAGUAAUGCAAGCAAUGCAAGCAAUGCAGGCUCAAACUUCCCCGAAUACGCCCGCAGAACGGCAGAAAAGCUGCCCCCACCUACUUUCAUAAUUCUCGCCCUCCUCUUUGGCUUGUACAUAAUUUUUUCCUCCAGCCAACAAAACCAGCGGUCAGCAGCAGACCUUUCUUCUCCCGUCGUCCCCUCCGUUGUCACCACCACAAUUUACCAACAACAACACAUCACUUCUCCCACCGAAGCCGUCGUUGAUCACUCUCCCAAAAUGUCUACCGAGCAGACCUUCAUUGCCAUCAAGCCUGACGGCGUUCAGCGCGGCCUCAUCGGCCCCAUCGUCUCUCGCUUCGAGAGCCGUGGCUUCAAGCUCGUCGCUAUCAAGCUUGUCACCCCCGGCAAGGAGCACCUCGAGACUCACUACGCCGACCUCAAGGACAAGGCCUUCUUCCCCGGUCUGAUCAACUACAUGCUUUCCGGCCCCAUCUGCGCCAUGGUCUGGGAGGGCCGUGACGCCGUCAAGACCGGCCGCACCAUCCUCGGUGCCACCAACCCCCUUGCCUCCGCCCCCGGCACCAUCCGUGGCGACUACGCCAUUGACGUCGGCCGCAACGUCUGCCACGGCUCCGACUCCGUCGAGAACGCCAAGAAGGAGAUUGCCCUCUGGUUCAAGGACGGCGAGGCCGUUCAGUGGAAGACCUCCCAGUUCGACUGGAUCUACGAGAAGGCUUAA